AUGCCUUCCACGGCGUCUGUUGCUUCCGCCAGUGGGACUUUUCUGCCAGUGGGUUUGUUGCUUCCCACUGGUAGGCCCUUUCCUCCUACCAGUGGACCUGUUAUCUCUCGCCAGUGGACCUUUUCAUAUAGCCGUCGGUUGCCAGUUGCCAGUUGCCAGUUGCCAGCCGCCUGUUUUACUUCCACUGGCGGGUCCAUUUAUCUCACUGGUAGGAGACAUUUAUCCCACUGGUCGGACAUUUGCUUCCUGUUGCUUCCUGUUGCUUCUGCCGGGGAACCCGAUGGUUCCAUUUCUGCCGCAAAAUUGUCGGCUAUGUUGUGUCCUCAAGACACCUCGUCGAAAGCCGAUAAGGCUCACCAGAAGCCCAACAUGGGCGCCUGUAAAAAGGCCACAUCAGCCCAUAAGAGAGGCCAAAGUAUGCGCCAGAGCAAAGACCAAUCUGGCCCACAAGACAGGCCAAUGCUCCAAGUGCGCACCAGAGAAAGGGCAAACCAGCCCACAAGAAAGGCCAAAGUAUGUGCCAGAAGAAAAGGGCAAACCAGCCCACAAGAAAGGUCAAAGUAUGUGCCAGAAGAAAAGGGCAAACCAGCCCACAAGAAAGGCCAAAGUAUGUGCCAGAAGAAAAGGGCAAACCGCCCCACAAGAAAGGCCAAAGUAUGUGCCAGAAAAAAGGACAAAUUGGUCCGCAAGAAAGGCCAAAGUAGGCGCCAGAGCAAACAUCAAUCCGGCCCACAAGAAAGGCUAAUGCUCCAAAUGCGCGCAAGAGAAAAAAAGGUUUUUCAGAGACCCUCAAGGUCACUGUCAAGAUUCAAAGCCAAAUCAAGAUAG